GGCGGGCGUGGCCCGUAUAGGCGGGCGGGCGGUGGGUCGCGCCCGGGCAGUCGCGGCGGGGCCAUGAACGGGCUGAAGGGCUGGUGCGCGGUGCUGGACGUGCGGCCCCACGGCGAGAGCCCGGAGAGCGUGAAGGUGCUGCGGCUGACGCUGCCCCACGAGCUGCCGGGCGAGCGGCGCCAGCAGGCCAAGCAGAAGCCCGUGGGCAAAGCCUUCGCCAUGGUGGCCAACAGGUCCAGCAACGGGCACUCCCUGGCCUCGGAGUGCGUCAAGUGCAACGAGGGCGACGAGGAGAUCAUCAAGGUUUAUCUCAAGGCCCGAGGCGAGGGCAGCACAAACCACGAGGAGAAGGUUCAGCUCAGGAGCGAGGUCCGGUACAUCCAGGAGGUGGUGCUGGAGCAGCACAACGGGAGCUGGAAGGGCCCCGAGAGGCUCCGGGGGGACUCCUGGGAGGAGCAGGAGGAGGAGAACUGCUCCAGCCAGGACGUGGAGACGCUCCAGGAGACGGCCAGGAGGCUCCUCAGGAGGCUGCAGGAGGCCGAGAAGCGCCAUCAGUUGGAGAGGAAAGCCUUCGAGAGGAAGGUGGCCCAGUACCAGGAGGAAGCGGAGCGGGCGAGCUCUGCCCUCCGGAGAGCGGAGAGGGACGUGGAGCAGAAGGAGGUGCAGGUGGACGAGCUCCAGAGGCUCCUGGCCGGGGUGGAAAAGGAGCGCCGGGCGUUGGUGGCCGAGCUGAGGGCCGGGGAGGCCGAGCUGGGGCGGCUGCGGGGCCUGGAAGGGGACAAGGUGGCCCAGCAGGAACGGGUGGCCCAGCUGGAGAAGGAGGUGGCCACGCUGCGGGAGAAGAUCCACCACCUGGACGACAUGUUGAAGAGCCAGCAGCGCAAAGUGCGGCAGAUGAUCGAGCAGCUCCAGAAUUCCAAGACGGUGAUCCAGGCCAAGGAUUCCACGAUCCAGGAGCUGAAGGAGAGGGUCUCCUACCUGGAGGCUGAGAACCUGGAGAUGCACGACCGGAUCGAGCACCUGAUCGAGCAGCAGGUCAGCCGGGGCGGGCACAGCGCCAGGGCCCGCUCCAAGUCGGAAUACGUGAGCAGGUACGGGGGGGGGGACACGGAAUUCCGGCCGGGAAGGGGCUGCCCCGCGGGUCUACGGCCUGGCUGGGAGGUGGUGCUGGGUUUGGGGAGGCUCCUCUGGAUUUGGGAACGCUCUUGGGAAGCAGGGAGGCUCCUCUGGAUUUGGGAACGCUCUUGGGAAGCAGGGAGGCUCCUCUGGAUCUGGGGAUGCUCUUGGGAAGCAGGGAGGCUCUGAUGGAUCAAGGAAUGC